UGCUCCGAUCUUUUGGUGCACCUGCUUUCUCGCGCACUAUCAGUCCCAGUUGCCAGGCCGCAGUUAUCACCUGUGUCCGCGAGGAAUCUGAUAUCGGAACGGUUCCAGCAGUCUGCAUGUUUACACCGCGAUGACUGGCGACUUUUGACAACAAGUGUGUGGUGACCCUCGUGAGUAGAACGUUUUGCUUCCGGGUUGUUCUUGUUUUGAAGUGAAAGGUGCAAGACGAUGGCCGAGGCUCGCGCCGUUCCGGUGGCACCCGGUCUGGACAUGGACGACAGCCGGUUCCGCAUCCGGCCGUACCAGCAGAUUCUGUCGUCGUGCAGCGGAGCGCUGGUCACGUCGUUGUUCAUGACCCCGCUGGAUGUGGUGAAGACGCGCCUCCAGACGCAGCAAAAGCUGAUGCUUUCGAACAAGUGCUACCUGUACUGCAACGGUCUGAUGGAUCACCUGUGUCCGUGCGGGCCCAACGGAGCCUUCGCCAAGCCCAAGUUGCACUUUAACGGCACCAUCGACGCGUUCAUGAAGAUCAGCCACUACGAGGGCGUCCGGUCGCUGUGGUCCGGCCUCGGGCCGACGCUGGUGCUGGCCCUGCCCACCACGGUCAUCUACUUUGUGGCGUACGAGCAGUUCCGGCUGUGGUUGAAGGAGUUUUACCAGAAGCGAACCAACAAAACCAGUCAACAGCAGGAACUUCCCCUCUGGAUUCCGCUGGUGGCCGGCGGAUCGGCCCGCGUGAUGGCCGUCACGAUCGUGAAUCCCCUGGAGCUGAUCCGCACCAAAAUGCAGUCGGAGAAGCUGAGCUACACCGAGGUCGGGCGGGGCUUCAAGAGCAUGCUCAAGAUGCAGGGCGUGCUCGGGCUGUGGAACGGCUUCUUCCCGACGAUCCUGCGCGACGUUCCGUUCAGUGCCAUCUACUGGACCACGUACGAGACGCUCAAGAAGCGCAGCAACGUGACGCAACCGACGUUCGGGUUCAGCUUUGCGGCCGGCGCCAUCAGCGGGAGCGUGGCCGCGUUCGUGACGGUUCCGUUCGACGUCGUCAAAACGCACCAGCAGAUUGAGUUCGGGGAAAAGUUCAUGUACGCGGAGAACGGUGACCGGAAGGCGCCACCCACCAAGAGUGCCGGCACGUUCGAGACCAUACGCAACAUCUACGUGCGCCGCGGCAUCAAGGGACUGUUUGCGGGACUCACGCCUCGGCUGGCCAAGGUCGCGCCCGCCUGCGCCAUCAUGAUCGCGUCGUUCGAGUACGGCAAGAACUUUUUCUACAACUACAACGUGAACCGCUUCCUGGACAUGCGGGAGAAGGAACUGGGAGGGAAGGUUGGCCCAAUGGCGACGCCGCCGACCGCCGCGCAGACCCAAAAACACGUCAACUACUGACCAGGGAGCGAGAAUCUGCUUUUUAUUUUAUCUUUAGUUGUUUUCCAGUGAUGUUCUAGUCCAACUAGAAAAGCGCGUCAAAUUCGAUUUGAUUUUAUUGGAUGAAAAUAAACCUCGUAGAUUGUAGAUCGUUA